CCUCCUCUAUGAGUCAACCUGCUCUGCUUCCUUAUGACCCUUCAGCAUUUUGACUGCUGCUGCCAUUUUUUCUCAGUUGCCUGUUUCCUUCACACAUCACAAGCAAAAUGGCGUCUGGAGUAAAAGUCGCUGACGAAGUGAAGCAGAUCUUCAAUGCCAUGAAAGUAGUGAAAAGUGAUGAUGACGAGAAGGAACGGAUAAGAAUUGUGGUACUUCAUAUCGACGUGGAAAUUAAAGUGGAGAAAAUCUACCGGCAAAAAGAUCUGGAAGACGUGGAAGAUGUCUACAAGUUCGUCAAGAAUCUGAUGCUGGCUGAUCAGUGCCGCUACUUCUUGUACGACUGCCACUUUGAAACCAAGGAAGGCAUUAAAAAAGAGGAACUGGUCUUUAUGAUGUGGGCUCCUGGCACUUCAGUACUCAAAGGUAGAAUGCAGUAUGCUAGCUCAAAAUCUGCUAUCCAGAAGACUACGCAGGGUGUCAAGCAUGUUCUGGAGGUGAAUGACAUUGAAGAUAUGGACAUUGACUGUUUCACAGAUCGCCUAAAACAAAAAGUAUCAAAACUUGAGGGCAACGCAGCAUAGGGUCAUUAAACAAACUACCUUUCCCCUGUUUCAGGCACGGUGCAUUGGAAGGGAUUUGAGUAGAUAAAUGCAACAUUUCCAAAUUAUCUGUGUAUUUUGAAUUGGUCCAAGAAAACUUAAAGGGAAGGAUUGGAUUCCAUUCCUGUAACACAAACAAAUGUGCCCUAUAAACUGUCCAGUCACACCAGUUUGGUUGUGAAAUUAGUCUUGUUGAGAUGUAAUUGUAUUCAUUCUUUAAAAUAACCAUUCUAUACUUGAUGUUUUUUUCUAGACUGUUACACUUUGAUAAACGCAUAUAAAUGGUACUUUUACAAAGUCAAAAUGCAGCAGCUGUUGGACUCUGUGUAUUGUCAAAUAAACUCUAUUCAACCGA